UUCCUAGAAUUCCCAUUGUUUUGCGGUUCGCUUGCACUAAGCUCUCUUAGUUAUUGUUAUUAAUACAUUUGCAGCCGCAGCGCUAUUCAAAAUAUCAGUUGUUCAAGUGCCGGUAAACUAUAAUAAUGUCUGUGCUUGCAUUUUUAUUAGCCGUGUUAUUGGCGCUGCUCUCAUUUAUAUUCUACUUGUUGCAUCGACGCAUGAACUAUUGGCGCUACCAGGGCAUACCACACGAUCCCCCACACUUUUUUGCUGGCAAUUUGAAGGGCUUACUCAAAACACGUAGCUUCGCCGAGAUUCUGCGCGAAAUAUAUACAAACCACAAGGGAUCAGGCCCCUUCUGCGGUUACUAUUUAUUUCAACGCCCCGCCGUGUUGAUCUUGGACAGAGCGCUUAUUAAGUGUAUACUCAUCAAGGACUUCAAUAACUUUGCCGAUCGUGGCAUAUUUCACAAUGAGAAAGACGAUCCACUCACUGGGCAUCUCUUUCGCUUGGAUGGAAAUCAGUGGCGUGGGUUGCGUAAUAAGCUUACGCCUACUUUCACUUCGGGAAAAAUGAAAUUUAUGUUUCCAACUGUAUUAAAAGUGGCCGAUCAACUGAUGGAUGCCGUGGCGAAACGUAUUGCGGCGAAUGAGUAUGUGUGGGAUUGGAAGGAGAUGAUGGCCUGCUUUACCACCGAUGUGAUUGGCAAUUGUGCUUUCGGCAUCGAGUGCAACAGCCUGCAGGAUCCCCACGCUGAGUUCCGUGUUAUGGGACGCAAAAUAAUAGGGGCGCGUCGUCAUGGCGCACUGGUCAAUGCUUUCAUCAAUAGCUUUCCGAAUGCGGCACGUAGUUUGCGUAUGGCCAUUAUGCCACAAGAUAUAACAGAUUUCUUUUUGCGUAUCGUGCGUGAGAACGUGGAGUAUCGUCAGCGAAAUUGUGUGCACGCCAAUGAUUUUAUGAAUAUUUUGAUGGAUCUAAAUAAGAGCAAACAUUUGAAGAGCGAAAACGAUGAAAUGCGUGCGCUGAGCGUGAGCGAGAUGACAGCGCAAGCAUUUGUGUUUUUCGUUGCAGGUUUUGAGACAUCGGCGACCACUCUGGCAUUCGCACUGUACGAAUUGGCGCUGCAGCAGGAUAUACAGACACGACUGCGCAUGGAGAUCACAGAGACUAUCAAAAAACACAACAAUAAUCUGUUCAGCUAUGACUGCAUGGAGGAGAUGCAAUAUAUGAAAAUGGUGCUUGCUGAAACCCAGCGGAAAUACCCGAUUGCGCCGAACUUAAUGCGUCAAGCAGCUAAAGACUAUGUAGUGCCGGGUCAUCCGGAAUAUGUCAUCAAGAAGGGCAUGAUGGUCACCAUUCCAACGAUUGGCAUACACUACGAUCCUGAAAUCUAUCCCGAACCAGAUACGUUUGACCCGGAACGUUUUGCUCCUGAGGCGGUGAAGUUGCGCGACUCUGUCGACUGGUUGCCCUUUGGCGAUGGCCCGCGUAAUUGCAUCGGUAUGCGCUUUGGGCAAAUGCAAAUGUGCGUCGGCUUGACUUAUCUUCUGCGCGAAUAUAAGUUCUCAGCCUGUGAGAAUACCCAAAUUCCGAUCGUUUAUCAGAAAUCUUUUCCGCUAUUUCCGCAAGGCGGCGUACAUCUGAAAGUGGAGAAGGUGCAGACAUAGGAAGCUGUAGGCUUUUUAACUAUUCUGCAUAUAUGUAUGUAUGUAUAUAUGUUUGCGUUUGUAUAAACUGUUAGAGUUAAGUAGUAAAUAGUUAUAAUUUUGAAUUGCGAAAAUGAAUUCUCACUUUGUCUCGCAAUUAGUUACUUAAAACUAGUUCAAGUGCUCUUGAAAUAUUCACAAAAUACUUAAACGGAUUGCAAUGUAAUUCUUCUCGGAAACGACAAAGCGAGAACGAGGAUAACAUGUUUGUGAUUUAAUGUAUGUAAAACUGUGUUAGUAUUUAUUACGUUUUGCUAAAAAAUAGAGUCAAUAAACACUUUUUUGUUAGCGCAAUA